GAAGUUGUUAAUUUUCCAGUCGCUAUGUUUCAGAGAAACUUUUUAAUUUUCAGAGGCGAGAGGAUGGGAUUUCCUAGGGAACAAGAAAUGAAUGGCUCGAUUUGUGUUUGUAUUUUGCUAUCCCUUUUGAUUCUUUCUCCGGCUUCUGCUUUGGCUGGAAUCUUCGAUGAUCCUAGUAUUCCGUCCUUCAAUUUUCCUUCCGACCAGGCUGAGAAGCUCAUCAGAGAGCUCAAUCUGUUUCCUAAAAGUGAUGCCAAUAUCAUCCAUCGGAGUAUCGAAAAUUCCUCUCUGAUCGCCACCGGGUCGAAGAAAAUCGUGGAGAGGCGGUUGAGAUUCCCAAUCCUUGGUGAUUCUGAGGUUUCUUUGGAGGACUUGGGCCACCAUGCUGGAUAUUACAAGAUCGAACACUCUCAUGAUGCGAGGAUGUUCUACUUUUUCUUUGAGUCCCGUAACAACAAAACAACAGAUCCUGUCGUUAUCUGGUUGACUGGAGGCCCAGGAUGCAGUAGCGAAUUGGCUAUGUUUUAUGAAAACGGUCCUUUUAAAGUUACUAAUAACUUGUCACUUGUUUGGAAUGAAUAUGGUUGGGAUAAGGUUUCAAAUCUUCUGUAUGUCGACCAACCCAUUGGGACUGGUUUUAGCUAUAGUUCUGAUAGGGAAGAUAUUCGUCAUGAUGAAAAUGGUGUUAGUAAUGACCUUUACGACUUCUUGCAGGCUUUCUUUGAGGAACACCCCGACCUUGUGGAGAAUGACUUCUUCAUAACUGGAGAAUCUUAUGCUGGGCAUUAUAUUCCUGCUUUGGCUGCCCGGAUUCAUCAGGGAAACAAAGCCAAAGAAGGAACUCAUAUAAACCUUAAAGGAUUUGCUAUUGGCAAUGGGCUUACUGAUCCAGCAAUCCAAUACAAAACUUACCCAGACUAUGCAUUGGACAUGGGCAUCAUUACAAAGUCUCAACAUCGUCAUAUUAACUUGUUGGUUCCACCCUGUGAACUUGCAAUUAAUCUGUGUGGUACUGAUGGCACACUUUCUUGCAUGACUUCUUAUUUUGUUUGCAACGCCAUAUUUACCAGCAUCAUGUUGCAUGCCGGUGAUAUGAAUCACUAUGAUAUCAGGAAAAAGUGUGAAGGGAGUCUCUGCUAUGACUUCUCAAAUAUGGAGAAAUUCUUGAACCUGCAAUCUGUUAGGGAAAUGCUUGGAGUUGGGGACAUCGAAUUUGUUUCAUGCAGUCCAACUGUCUAUAGGGCGAUGCUGGUGGACUGGAUGAGGAACGCCGAAGUGGGUAUUCCUGCUCUACUCGAGGAUGGGAUCAAGUUGCUUGUAUAUGCGGGAGAGUAUGAUUUGAUCUGCAAUUGGCUAGGCAAUUCAAGAUGGGUAAAUGCUAUGGAAUGGUCUGGUAAGGAGGAGUUCGGGAAUUCUCCGAACGUCCCUUUCCUAGUCGAUGGUUCGGAAGCAGGAUUGCUUAAACAACAUGGCGCCCUCAGUUUUCUCAAGGUUCACGAUGCGGGUCACAUGGUCCCAAUGGACCAGCCGAAGGCGGCAUUAGAGAUGCUGAAGAGGUGGACUGGAGGCGCACUCCAUGAUGAAUCACUUGAAACGGGAAACUUGGUCGCUCAGAUGUGAUCCCCGCCAUAUUCGGGCAACGCAACAGCAGUGUCCUUCCUAGUGGACAUUUGUAAUUCCAAGUAUGUACCUAACUUCGUAUUUUCCGGAUUUGUUUAAAUGUUCUGUCCACGAAGUUUCUUAAGCUUCAAUACACCCUGUCACUAAAUAUUAGUUAUGAAAUACAUCAUCUUUAUAAGCGUUAGUUAUAUUAG